AUGGAAGACAAGCCUUAUGAUUACUAUCCUCCACCUCCACCAAGGUAUUCAACAGGAAAAGAAUAUGGAAGAGUAAAUAACAACAAGCCUAAUAAUCCAAAUACCAAUACCAAUCACAAUAACAACAAGAGGUUACAUGCUAACAACCAGCACACUGAACAACACAACAAGCCUUCGGAAAAAAUUGGGACAACAAACACAACAAAUAAUUCAAUAACUAGAAAACCCCAAUUUGAAAAUAAGAGAAAAAUUACAGUGGAUAUGCAGCCCAACAAGAAACAAAAACAAGCUGUUCCAACAUCAAAAAUUUCAACAGAAAAAACUAACGAAAAAAUUGUAAAUAAUAGUAAUAGUAAUAAUAAGAAUGAGGAUAAAUCGAGUGAUGAAAAAUUGGAUAUUUAUAGAGUAUUACGAGUUUGUGCAGAGAAUAGUUCUGCUGAUUUGACAGAAAAUGAAAUUUUCAAAUAUUUUCCUAAUGCUUUAAAGGUAAGAAUGGAAAAUCAAAGAGAUUUUCUUGUUGAAUUUUCUUCAUUGGUCGACAUGAUACCAUAUAUUGAGUCGGAGACUUUGCAGGAAGAAGAGACUGUAAAUAUUUCCAUACCAAAAAGUUUGAUACCACCAGAGUAUGCAAACAAUACCCAAAAGUUAGUUCUUGAAUUUAUAGAUUUCCUCAAACAAAAGCAACCUCAAUCAUCAUCUAAUGGUUCUGCUUUUGACCCUUCUAAUUGGAAUAAGCUGAUAUCCUCAAUCAAAAUACCUCAAAAUGUUUCUCCUUACGAGUUGUUGGAAUUUAGAGAACGAAGAGUUAAGAAAGUUCUUGGUAAGAAGGAGUUUGGAAUUCUCAUUCAUGAUAAGCCUAAAAUAACAGAUAAGAUAGGCUUUCCACUUUUUUCAAAUCCUAAUAUGACAGAUAAUAGGGGCAAUGAAAGGUUCUUCUUUUUUGCAUUUUGCAAAACUGGUACAACAUUCUUGGGCAAGGAAGAAAUUUCCAAAUGUUUUCCAAAUGCCAAGGCCAUACAUUUUGAUCCUGGUGAUCAUAGAAUAAUUGUCGAGUUGAAUAAUCAAAAUGACUUUAAUGCCUACAAGAAGAUUAGCCAUUCUGGAAAACUACUUGUUCGAAAUCAUUCCUUCCUACUGAGAAAGGCCAAUCCUAAAGACAUUCCCCCAGAUAUUCUCAACCCACCACUCCAACAAAGUACAGAUAUUCCAACAGUUACUCAACCAAGUUCUGAAGAAUCAAAGAAUGCCUCAACUCCAGACAAGAAUCUACUCUUACAGCAAUUACGUCAACAAAUGGAUCAUCCAUCAGAAACGCCCAAGCAAGAUCCAAAAGAAUUGAGAAAUGCCUUACUUGCCCAAAUGAAAACACAACCAUCAAGCGUUGAAUCUUUGGAGAGUUUUAUCAGCCUUUCUGAUCCAGAAAGUGAAUCAUCAAGUGAAGAGGAUGAAAUGAUUGAGGAAACAGAGGAAGACGUGAGGUCUUACUCGUCUUCUGAAUCAAAUAAUGAGGAAGCUCCAUCAUCUCCCCAACAUCCAACAACACCCAACAAGACUCAAUUACUAUCAGCACUUAGAGAACAAAUGCAACAAUCAGCUGAAAAGAAGAAAGAACCAACUCCAAGCACAACCUCAGUCUCUGCAUCAAGCUCCAAUAUUCUUGGUAUAAAGAGAAAGACUUUUGCCAGUCACUAUGCUCUAUUUCACCCUAAAUUUAACAAAUAA